AUGUCCUCUUCCCUCAUCGACAGCCCCUUCAUCCAUCCUGCAUGGCAUGAUAUAGUCCCACCGAUUCAUUCGAGAACUCACCCAAUGACACGUCAGACAGGAAGACAAGCUCAUAAGGUGAAUGAGAAAGGAGAAGGAUCGUCGUUGGACAGAUUUGCAUUAUCGUAUACACCACAAUGGCUUCGACAACUCCCACAACCCCUCAACUGCUUAUAUUUAAGCCCCUCUCCACCAUUUCCACAACCAGAAUACGCUGCAGACGUCUUCACACCCAAACUUCUAUCCAAUCCAUUACCAAUCAAGGAACAGUGCCCUUCGAUCCUCUCUCUUAUCCCUGCCAAAGAUUCAUCACUACCCUUGCAACCUAAGAUCAUUACCUAUAGCUUAGAUUACUAUGCCAAACACUUCUCCAAUCUCCUAUCGCUACAUCUUUCCGCGUCGUUGGAAGAUACGACCCAUUCGUCCAUACCGUCUACCCUGAUUCAGCCUUAUCCCAUCCCCGGCUUGCAGAAUACCUAUCGAAUUCAUGUUCCUGGUAUCCGUGAAGAUGCACCUCGACUGAAUAUAGGAGAUCGAAUGAUCGUACGCGGUCUGUACCAGCGUCUUAGACAAGCUAGUCAGAAUGCAAUAGAAGCGGAAGUAGUAGGAUUGGAAAAGGCGAAGAGCUGGGUAUACGUGCAGUCACCGUAUCUGGGACUUCUCGAUGGGGACAUCGUUAGAAGUGGAAAGGGGAUCAGGGAAGGUAAUCAGUCCCCUGGUAUCCCUGCUGGCAACGAAUCUGGGAUAAGGUGUCAAAUCAAAUUCUUGUUGAAUGUCAAACCUAUUUGUGAUAUGCAGGACGCUGUCAGGACAUUUGGGCUGCUACAUGGGAUAGGAUGGGAGACAGUUCAGCGAUGGCUUUUUCCAGAGAUACAACAUGUACGGGAAGAAAUACAAGACCGUCCUUUGAUGAACAUUGAAUGGGUAGACCCGGGAUUGAACGAUGAGCAGAAAAGUGCAAUCACUGCUAUAGUAUCAAGAGAUCAUGAAGUGCCGUAUCUCAUCAGUGGUCCGCCUGGUGUAGGUCUAUUUUCCUCAUACCAAUCUCUGCCAGAUAUUGCGGCUUGCGCUGAUUGUUCGUGUUUAAUCGUCCAUAGACUGACACUCGUCGAAGCUGCUCUGCAGAUCCUUACGACCCAUUCUGAUGCCACCAUCCUAAUCUGCGCUCCAUCAAAUUCAGCUGCCGACACCCUUGCUCGUCGACUCUGUGUCCCUGCUGCCACCUCUGCAAUUAGGCCUUAUGUCGAACCAGGGACUGUCCUCCGACUCAACUUGCCCAGCCGGACAUUUGCUGAAGUGCCCGACGAGAUCUUACCUUUCUGCUGCAUCACUCCGACGCCGACAGGAACAAGCGCUUUUGGGUUACCUUCUUUCGCGGAAUUGAUGAAGUACCGAGUGGUGAUAUGUACAUGUCAAGACGCCAGUAUACUGGUUACGGCUAAUGCGACGAAUAUAGCCACGAUGAAGGCGGAGUCAGAGAUGAUGAAUACGUUCCAUCGGGUUUCUGAAUCCAGUAUGAUCAAGGAUGUGCACCCACAUUGGACCCAUCUGUUGAUAGAUGAGGCGGCUCAAGCUUCGGAGCCCGAAACGCUGAUACCACUCUCAGUGGUGGUACCCUAUCCUCCCCCCAAAGGCUUUCGUUCAGUCGAUCCAGUGGUAGUUCUUUGUGGUGAUAUACAUCAACUCGGACCUAUCAUUUCAUCCUCUGAAGCUAGAGAUGGAGAGCUGGACGUAUCUCUUCUCGAAAGGCUUUUUCAACAAGAAGUAUACGCAUCUCAUUCAAACGCUCGAAAGAAUCAGAAAUCUGCGAAUGGAACUUGCCCUUCAGACUGGGACGGUCCGUUUACGAAUCUCAUACAAAAUUAUCGAUCUAUAGCUCCCAUACUCAUGAUACCCGCCGCUCUAUUCUAUGAUGACACUUUGAUUCCCGCUGCGAGAGAGAGAUGUGAAGAGAAUUGGAUUGACGAGGUAAGCAUAUCGUGGUACAAUUCCAGCGAAAUCGAAUAUUUGAACGAUAUAGUCCAAUCUCUCAUGAACACAGUCGUAGGGCUCAAUCAGAAAGAGAUCGCGGUGAUCACUCCUUGGCGGGAACAGGUCUGGAGGUCACGUUCGAAGUUGAGAUCGAACAAUUUACAUGCGGUUGAUGUUGGAAAUGUGGAGACGUAUCAAGGUGCUGAGUUUCGAGUGACUGUUAUCAGCUGUGUCAGGUCUAGAUCGAGAUUUUUGGAUGAAGACAGGAGAAUGAACAUGGGGUUAUUCAAUGAAAGGAAACGAUUCAAUGUAGCAAUCACGAGAGCCAAGGAGAUCUUGAUCGUUGUAGGCAAUGGUAAUUUGUUGAAGAGGGACCCAUACUGGAAUGGUUUCCUCCAAAUCAUGCUCAGGAACAACCUUUACAGAGGACCAGAGUUGAAUCUGGAAAUGACAGGAGCUUACAUUUCACGCUUAGAAUCUACCAUUCAUCGCAACGAAGAGCACGAUCCGGAAGAAGCGGUUUUACGAUUAGCAGGAGCUUUGACUCGAGAAACUUUGCGUGACGAUUGA